AUGCAUGUGAACGAUUGUCCUGCUCCAGCCCAUCAUCUCCAUCAUUCAACUUUCUUGAUCCAAGUGGAUUUGAUUGAGCAACGCUCAAACACAGAAGUAUCAUCCAACACCGAAUCAACUCAUUUAAUUUCCACCUCUUCCACUCUCAGCGUAUUUCCCUCUUCCUCCCAUUCUCAACUGUUGACCCCAUUCAAGUACAACUACCACCUGCGAACGAUUGUCUUGCUUCAGCCUAUCGAUGUCAAUCUUACAAUUGUCUUGAUCCGAAAGCCUGCAACUGAAUGGCAAGUCCAUGGCGUAUACACAGCUCACUACAACACCCGCAUUUCUUGA